ACGGUUUAUCUCGCGAAUUUGGGAAGUUCCGUUGGGGAAGAUGGCGGCGGCCUCGAGCACCCUUCUCUUCUUGCCGCCGGGGACUUCAGAUUGAUCCUUUCCGGGAAGAGUAGGGACUGCUGGUGCCCUGCGUCCCCGGAUCCCGAGCCAACUUGUUUCCUCCGUUAGUGGUGGGGAAGGGCUUAUCCUUUUGUGGCAGAUCUAGCCUCUCCUCGCCUUCAGGAUGAAAGCUCAGGGGGAAACCGAGGAGUCAGAAAAGCUGAGUAAGAUGAGUUCUCUCCUGGAACGGCUCCAUGCAAAAUUUAACCAAAAUAGACCCUGGAGUGAAACCAUUAAGCUUGUGCGUCAAGUCAUGGAGAAGAGGGUUGUGAUGAGUUCUGGAGGGCAUCAACAUUUGGUCAGCUGUUUGGAGACACUGCAGAAGGCUCUCAAAGUAACAUCUUUACCAGCAAUGACUGAUCGUUUGGAGUCCAUAGCAAGACAGAAUGGACUGGGCUCUCAUCUCAGUGCCAGUGGCACUGAAUGUUACAUCACGUCAGAUAUGUUCUAUGUGGAAGUGCAGUUAGAUCCUGCAGGACAGCUUUGUGAUGUAAAAGUGGCUCACCAUGGGGAGAAUCCUGUGAGCUGUCCGGAGCUUGUACAGCAGCUAAGGGAAAAAAAUUUUGAUGAAUUUUCUAAGCACCUUAAGGGCCUUGUUAAUCUGUAUAACCUUCCAGGGGACAACAAACUGAAGACUAAAAUGUACUUGGCUCUCCAAUCCUUAGAACAAGAUCUUUCUAAAAUGGCAAUUAUGUACUGGAAAGCAACUAAUGCUGGUCCCUUGGAUAAGAUUCUUCAUGGAAGUGUUGGCUAUCUCACACCAAGGAGUGGGGGUCAUUUAAUGAACCUGAAGUACUAUGUCUCUCCUUCUGACCUGCUGGAUGACAAGACUGCAUCUCCCAUCAUUUUGCAUGAGAAUAAUGUUUCUCGAUCUUUGGGCAUGAAUGCAUCAGUGACAAUUGAAGGAACAUCUGCUAUGUACAAACUCCCAAUUGCACCAUUAAUUAUGGGGUCACAUCCAGUUGACAAUAAAUGGACCCCUUCCUUCUCCUCAAUCACCAGUGCCAACAGUGUUGAUCUUCCUGCCUGUUUCUUCUUGAAAUUUCCCCAGCCAAUCCCAGUAUCUAGAGCAUUUGUUCAGAAACUGCAGAACUGCACAGGAAUUCCGUUGUUUGAAACUCAACCAACUUAUGCACCGCUGUAUGAACUGAUAACUCAGUUUGAGCUAUCAAAGGACCCUGACCCCAUACCUUUGAAUCACAACAUGAGAUUUUAUGCUGCUCUUCCUGGUCAGCAGCACUGCUAUUUCCUCAACAAGGAUGCUCCUCUUCCAGAUGGCCGAAGUCUACAGGGAACCCUUGUUAGCAAAAUCACCUUUCAGCACCCUGGCCGAAUUCCUCUUAUCCUAAAUCUGAUCAGACACCAAGUGGCCUAUAACACCCUCAUUGGAAGCUGUGUCAAAAGAACUAUUCUGAAAGAAGAUUCUCCUGGGCUCCUCCAAUUUGAAGUGUGUCCUCUCUCAGAGUCUCGUUUCAGCGUAUCUUUUCAGCACCCUGUGAAUGACUCCCUGGUGUGUGGUGAGUUGUGUGGGUGGCUAACACCUCUCAUGGAGCGGUUUGGUCCCUAUGGCUUUUUUGGAAAGUCAGAAGCUAAAUCUAAAACAAUUUCCUAUGAAUAUUGUCUUUCAGUGGUAAUGGAUGUGCAGGACUCAACACAUGUGAGCUGUAAACUCUACAAAGGGCUGUCGGAUGCACUGAUCUGCACAGAUGACUUCAUUGCCAAAGUUGUUCAAAGAUGUAUGUCCAUCCCUGUGACGAUGAGGGCUAUUCGGAGGAAAGCUGAAACCAUUCAAGCUGACACCCCAGCACUGUCCCUCAUUGCAGAGACAGUUGAAGACAUGGUGAAAAAGAACCUGCCCCCGGCUAGCAGCCCAGGGUAUGGCAUGACCACAGGCAACAACCCAAUGAGUGGUACCACUACACCAACCAACACCUUUCCGGGGGGUCCCAUUACCACCUUGUUUAAUAUGAGCAUGAGCAUCAAAGAUCGGCAUGAGUCGGUGGGCCAUGGGGAGGACUUCAGCAAGGUGUCUCAGAACCCAAUUCUUACCAGUUUGUUGCAAAUCACAGGGAACGGGGGGUCUACCAUUGGCUCGAGUCCGACCCCUCCUCAUCACACGCCGCCACCUGUCUCUUCGAUGGCCGGCAACACCAAGAACCACCCGAUGCUCAUGAACCUUCUUAAAGAUAAUCCUGCCCAGGAUUUCUCAACCCUUUAUGGAAGCAGCCCUUUAGAAAGGCAGAACUCCUCUUCUGGCUCACCCCGCAUGGAAAUAUGCUCGGGGAGCAACAAAACCAAGAAAAAGAAGUCAUCAAGAUUACCACCUGAGAAACCAAAGCACCAGACUGAAGAUGACUUUCAGAGGGAGCUAUUUUCAAUGGAUGUUGACUCACAGAACCCUAUCUUUGAUGUCAACAUGACAGCUGACACGCUGGAUACGCCACACAUCACUCCAGCUCCAAGCCAGUGUAGCACUCCCCCAACAACUUACCCACAACCAGUACCUCAUCCCCAACCCAGUAUUCAAAGGAUGGUCCGACUAUCCAGUUCAGACAGCAUUGGCCCAGAUGUAACUGACAUCCUUUCAGACAUUGCAGAAGAAGCUUCUAAACUUCCCAGCACUAGUGAUGAUUGCCCAGCCAUUGGCACCCCUCUUCGAGAUUCUUCAAGCUCUGGGCAUUCUCAGAGUACCCUCUUUGACUCUGAUGUCUUUCAAACUAACAAUAAUGAAAAUCCAUACACUGAUCCAGCUGAUCUUAUUGCAGAUGCUGCUGGAAGCCCCAGUAGUGACUCUCCUACCAAUCAUUUUUUUCAUGAUGGAGUAGACUUCAAUCCUGAUUUAUUGAACAGCCAGAGCCAAAGUGGUUUUGGAGAAGAAUAUUUUGAUGAAAGCAGCCAAAGUGGGGAUAAUGAUGAUUUCAAAGGAUUUGCAUCUCAGGCACUAAAUACUUUGGGGGUGCCAAUGCUUGGAGGUGAUAAUGGGGAGACCAAGUUUAAGGGCAAUAACCAAGCCGACACAGUUGAUUUCAGUAUUAUAUCAGUAGCCGGCAAAGCUUUAGCUCCUGCAGAUCUUAUGGAGCAUCACAGUGGUAGUCAGGGUCCUUUACUGACCACUGGGGACUUAGGGAAAGAAAAGACUCAAAAGAGGGUAAAGGAAGGCAAUGGCACCAGUAAUAGUACUCUCUCGGGGCCAGGAUUAGACAGCAAACCAGGGAAGCGCAGUCGGACCCCUUCUAAUGAUGGGAAAAGCAAAGAUAAGCCUCCAAAGCGGAAGAAGGCAGACACUGAGGGAAAGUCUCCAUCUCAUAGUUCUUCUAACCGACCUUUUACCCCACCUACCAGUACAGGUGGAUCUAAAUCUCCAGGCAGUUCAGGAAGAUCUCAGACUCCCCCAGGUGUUGCCACACCACCCAUUCCCAAAAUCACUAUUCAGAUUCCUAAGGGAACAGUGAUGGUGGGCAAGCCCUCCUCUCACAGUCAGUAUACCAGCAGUGGUUCUGUGUCUUCCUCAGGCAGCAAAAGCCACCAUAGCCAUUCUUCCUCCUCUUCCUCAUCUUCUGCUUCCACCUCAGGGAAGAUGAAAAGCAGUAAAUCGGAAGGCUCAUCAAGUUCCAAGUUAAGUAGCAGUAUGUAUUCUAGCCAGGGGUCUUCUGGAUCUAGCCAGUCCAAAAAUUCAUCCCAGUCUGGGGGGAAGCCAGGCUCCUCUCCCAUAACCAAGCAUGGACUGAGCGGUGGCUCUAGCAGCACCAAGAUGAAACCUCAAGGAAAGCCAUCAUCACUUAUGAAUCCUUCUUUAAGUAAACCAAACAUAUCCCCUUCUCAUUCAAGGCCACCUGGAGGCUCUGACAAGCUUGCCUCUCCAAUGAAGCCUGUUCCUGGAACUCCUCCAUCCUCUAAAGCCAAGUCCCCUAUCAGUUCAGGUUCUGGUGGUUCUCAUAUGUCUGGAACUAGUUCAAGCUCUGGCAUGAAGUCAUCUUCAGGGUUAGGAUCCUCAGGCUCGUUGUCCCAGAAAACUCCCCCAUCAUCAAAUUCCUGUACGGCAUCUUCCUCCUCCUUUUCCUCAAGUGGCUCUUCCAUGUCAUCCUCUCAGAACCAGCAUGGGAGUUCUAAAGGAAAAUCUCCCAGCAGAAACAAGAAGCCGUCCUUGACAGCUGUCAUAGAUAAACUGAAGCAUGGGGUUGUCACCAGUGGCCCUGGGGGUGAAGACCCACUGGACGGCCAGAUGGGGGUGAGCACAAAUUCUUCCAGCCAUCCUAUGUCCUCCAAACAUAACAUGUCAGGAGGAGAGUUUCAGGGCAAGCGUGAGAAAAGUGAUAAAGACAAAUCAAAGGUUUCCACCUCCGGGAGUUCAGUGGAUUCUUCUAAGAAGACCUCAGAGUCAAAAAAUGUGGGGAGCACAGGUGUGGCAAAAAUUAUCAUCAGUAAGCAUGAUGGAGGCUCCCCUAGCAUUAAAGCCAAAGUGACUUUGCAGAAACCUGGGGAAAGUAGUGGAGAAGGGCUUAGGCCUCAGAUGGCUUCUUCUAAAAACUAUGGCUCUCCACUCAUCAGUGGUUCCACUCCAAAGCAUGAGCGUGGCUCUCCCAGCCAUAGUAAGUCACCAGCAUAUACCCCCCAGAAUCUGGACAGUGAAAGUGAGUCAGGCUCCUCCAUAGCAGAGAAAUCUUACCAGAAUAGUCCCAGCUCAGAUGAUGGUAUCCGACCACUUCCAGAAUACAGCACAGAGAAACAUAAGAAGCACAAAAAGGAAAAGAAGAAAGUAAAAGACAAAGAUAGGGACCGAGACCGGGACAAAGACCGAGACAAGAAAAAAUCUCAUAGCAUCAAGCCAGAGAGUUGGUCCAAAUCACCCAUCUCUUCAGACCAGUCCUUGUCUAUGACAAGUAACACAAUCUUAUCUGCAGACAGACCCUCAAGGCUCAGCCCAGACUUUAUGAUUGGGGAAGAAGAUGAUGAUCUUAUGGAUGUGGCCCUGAUUGGGAAUUAGGAACCUUAUUUCCUAAAAGAAACAGGGCCAGAGGAAAAAAAACUAUUGAUAAGUUUAUAGGCAAACCACCAUAAGGAGUGAGUCAGUCAGGUCUGAUUUGGUUAAGAAUCCUAAAUGGCAUGGCUUUGACAUCGAGCUGGGUGAAUUAGGCAUAUCCAGACCCUAUUAAAGAAACCACAGGGUUUGAUUCUGGUUACCAAGAAGUCUUCUUUGUUCCUGUGCCAGAAAGAAAGUUAAAAUACUUGCUUAAGAAAGGGAGGGGGGUGGGAGGGGUGUAGGGAGAGGGAAGGGAGGGAAACAGUUUUGUGGGAAAUAUUCAUAUAUAUUUUCUUCUCCCUUUUUCCAUUUUUAGGCCAUGUUUUAAACUCAUUUUAGUGCAUGUAUAUGAAGGGCUGGGCAGAAAAUGAAAAAGCAAUACAUUCCUUGAUGCAUUUGCAUGAAGGUUGUUCAACUUUGUUUGGGGUAGUUGUCCAUUUGAGUCAUGGGCAAAUGAAGGACUUUGGUCAUUUUGGACACAAGUAAUGUUUGGUGUCUGUUUCUUAGGAGUGACUGGGGGAGGGAAGAUUGUUUUAGCUAUUUAUUUGUAAUAUUUUAACCCUUUAUCUGUUUGUUUUUAUACAGUGUUUCGUUCUAAAUCUAUGAGGUUUAGGGUUCAAAAUGAUGGGAGGCUGAAGAGCAAGGCUUAUAUGCUAGUAGGGAGCUUAUAGCUGGUGCUAAUACUGUAGCAUCAAGCCCAAGCAAAUUAGUCAGAGCCUGCCUUUAGAGUUAAACAUAAUAGAAAAACCAAAAUGAUAUUUUUAUUUUAGGAGGGUUUAAAUAGGGUUCAGAGAUCAUAGGAAUAUUAGGAGUUACCUCUCUGUGGAGGUAUUGACUUGUAAUCUCAUUUUCCUUUCAAAAAAAAAAAAAAAGCUAAGGUGGCUUGUUGGGAUGUAAACAUGUUUCAGAUGCAGUAAGGUUUAGUGUAGGACAGCCUUCCUGACCCGGUGGCAUGAAAACCAUUACAGAAUUAAUAGUUCUCCUGCUUCCACAAUGUGCCAAAAGUCUACAUCCCAGCAUUUUGUUUGCAGGAGAACUGAUGCCAUUCCUAAGAGCUGGACUCAUUGUUUCUCUUCAUCACAAGGAGAAGGGAGUCUAAACUUUAAUCACUCCACUGUAUGCUCCCUGAGAUAAAACAGUAAAAAAUCCGCAGCCAUAGUUCACUUAAAACAAUUUCAAGCUCACUUGAAGUAAUGGGGGCCUGGAAUGCUAGGUGAGCAUGAAGAUAAACCCUUGCUACUAUGUAGCAACCCAGUUGGACCUUUUUGGAGAAAUAGGUCUGAGUCUGGAUUCUGGGGGACAUCAAUAAGAGCCCUUCACAUAAAAAUAUAGAAAUCCAGGAGACUGUUUUGAGUGCAACAGAAGUUCUCAGUAUUUGGAGGGUCCUCUCAAAAAUUCUGCGGCCUUACUUUGAUAUUGACACCUGCACUGUGCCAUUCCUGAUUAUUCCAUUCAGGAUCUGUAUCAGCGGGAUGGGGCAUGGUCCCCAGCACAACUCUUCUGGGUUAAAAAAAAAAAAAGCCAGGUGAUUCCUUUGUGUGUUAUGUCAUAAGUGGAGUGACUUCAUCAUAUAUGGAAGAAGAUUUCUGUAUUCAGCUUUUUCUGCAGGUUGGAGUCAGCAUAGAGUUGGAAAAUCAGCUUUGGCUUUCUUUCCUGUCUCAUUUCCUCUAGUGUUCUCCUUUUUAUGGUCAUCAGCUCUCAACAACUCUGCCACUUUUGUGUCCCAAGGUAAUAAGAUGUAGGAAACAAAACAUUGUAAAGUGGAGCAAGAAAAGUUAUCAGUUAACCACAUCAGAGUCAAAUGUCUUGGGUGACGCUAAGGAGGAUAUGGGCAGGUGAUACCAGAGUGCUUUAUCUUGUGAUGUUGAUACAGUAGCAGCCUCUCAGACAUUCAGCCAGGUUGGAUUUCUCAUGAGUUUGUCACCUAGUUUUGAAUCCUAUCCCGUUGGUUUCUGCAGGAAAAAAAAAAAAAAAUUAUGUGGUUUUUAAAAUUUGUUCUGAGUGGGGAGAAUCUUAGGGGGAAUGUACUGAAUAGUAUCAGGGGCUCAGCUCCCCCAAGCAGGGCCAACAAAUACCAAAAUGAGUAAACUGGGAAGCUUUUCUCUCUUUCUGUCUUCAUCCCAGAUCAAAGAAUCCCGAGUUAGGAUCUGGAUGAAGGAUAUGCCCCUGAAUUGUCGAUGGGCUCACCCCCACACUGACCCAGCAUCUGAACUUGCUUAACAGGGAGCCGGGGCUAAACUGCUUCACCCUGCCUGAGAACCAGGGAGCACUGCAUUUCUCCACAGGGUGGAGGAGAAGAGGCAGAAUAAACCAAGCCUGGGACACCUCCCUCCUGUCUAGGUGUACUCAUUCUUCUGUUUCAAAAGAAGGCAAGGACAUGAAGUCAACUUCUACCUAUCUUCUGCUGCUGGUGUCUUAUGUAUUCUCAGUUUGACCUGAUUCCUCUUCUGUCUUUUGACUUAACAUUAGGGGUUCUUGGUCAUAACCUGCUCUGAUGUACAUAAAGAUUUCAGGUUCAAUAUCAAUGUGUCUUAAAACAGAAGUAUUUUAGCGGGUGGGGGGUGGGGUGGUGGGGACAAACAACGCAGGAUAUAAUUGCCAAAACCAGGCUUGAGGUUGGUGACUCUUGAAGAUUUUCCUUCUUCAGGCCUAGAUCGGAAAAUUAAGUGCAGCAAUAUCAUGAAUUCUCAGAAGCCCUUUCAGGGAGCCAGUGAGUCAUACAGUAUCCACAGUUGAGUCACUUAAAGAUGUCAGUAUAGGAAACAUUCACAAUCCUUGGGCAAUCUCAUUUUUUUUUCCUUCUCCCCUCCCCCCCUGCCCCCCAUACAUUUCUAUCCUUGAGUUAGUUUUGGAGGGGCAGGAAGUACUUAACAUCUCAGAAGCUAGAGUGGGAAACAUGCUCAGCUAUAAGAACUGAGCUUUAAAUUUUGAGUUUAAAAAUGUACAUCAGGAGCAGCUGGGGAGGGUCUUUUUUUUAAAAAAAUCUUUCAAAUUUGGUUUUCUGUGCAUAUGGCCGUUCUGUAAAUACUUUGGGGUUUUUCAUUUUUUUGAAAGUAGAUGAAAUCUGUUGUGGGAUUUUUUUCCCGAAACAUUACAAAAUAACCUGUUUAUUUACAUGCAAAUAAACUUCUUUGAUAAAAAGUAA